UGUCAGACUUGUCAGUGUCAGUCAGUGUGUAAUGUGUGGGAAAAAUGGCAGAAAUCGCAUUUUCUGAUGAUGGAAAAUAUUUUUCCGCGAUAAGCCAUGAUGGUAGACUGAGAAUAUGGGACACGGAGACAAGCAUAUUAAAACAGGAAUACACACCAGACCUUCACUUGAGCUCCCCGCCCUCUUGUUUGCAAUGGAUUUUGAUCAGCAACACGGACACACCAAGGAAGGGUGGAAAAAAGAGGUCAAACAGUAUUUCAGAGCAGCAAGACCAGUGCGUAGCCCUAGGGACCACCAACGGGAAGAUCCUAAUAUACUCUGUGUCACAAGCUAAAGUGUUAACAGUGCUGGAAGAUGGCAAAAACAGUGAAGUUCAGAAAUGUGGUGUAACCUCUUUGGAUUGGCACAAGAACUAUGGCCUCUUUAGCAGCAACAAGGCUGGUUACGUCCAGGAAUGGAAUAUAGGGAGUGGAGAGAUUAGUAAUAAGUACAAUGUUAUAUUUGAUAGUAAGAAUAAGCAAGCUAGCCAUGUAAGCGCAAUCAAAAUUGUUCCACACAACCAGAAAACCCCAGCGACGUUCCUUGUUACAGCCUCAUGGCAGGUCCGUCUGUGGCGUCUGCUGGACGGGACAGUGGACCUGGUGCGGACGAUGGGCCACAGUGGGUCGGCCAGGCCACUGCUGACGGUGGCCCGGGGGAGCGACAAGUGCUGGCUGAUUGAGGGGUCGCAAAACGAACGUCUCCUAUCCUUCUGGGACGUGACAAUAACACCACAGAACCUACCGCAAGUGAAUGGAUCAGCAUCACCCACAAAGAAACAAAGGAAAAAGUCCACAUCAGACGCAGUAGUCCCGCACCCAACAUACAACUUUGUUCUAGAAGAUGCGCCCAAGAUGGUGGAUGUUAAUCUAAGUCAGACAGAUGAAGGGGUAAAGUUAAAUAUGUUGGCGACGACAAGGAGCGGUGUUAUGCAUUAUUAUGGACACAUGUUGAAUGGAGCAUCAACGAAACCGCUCAAGCCAUCGGUCACAGUGCAAGUGACGACAGAAGCGGCGCGCAUGCUGCCGGCACAGUGCUGCAAGUAUAGAGACGAUGCUUGCUUGUUAGGCUACGAGGCGAACGAAGCUAUGGUGUUUGAGACUGUGGUGCCAGACACAAAGACCAAGACCCAAGUGCUGAUCAGAAGCGACAACAAGAGGCCUAAACCCGACACCCCGAGAGAGCGGUCGGAUAGUGUCACUGAACUAGUGACGUAUGCUGAGCCGGUUAGCAGGAAGCGAGUGACGGCUGGGGGGCAGCUAGAAGUAGCGAUGGAGGCCCGUCUCGCCAACUUAGCACUGGACACCAAGUCGAGAAGCAAGUCAGCUGUCAACCAGAACCUGACCAAGUUGCUGGUGCAGGGGUUACACUCUAAGGACAAGAAGUUAAUACAAAUGGUGCUAACCAACGCCGACCCGGCCACGGCCGCCCGGACCACGGCCGCCCUGCCCCCGGACCAGCUUCCCGCCCUGUUGCAGCAGCUCGCUGGCCUGGCUGCAAGGAGAAGCACCCUAUGUUCCCGAGUGUGCGUGUGGCUCCACGCUCUGAUCCUGACGCAGUCGUCGCUACUGCUGGCUUCACUGUCGAGCCCGGUCGGAGACCAACUGGCGCAGUUACUGGCUAUUUUUACACAGAGACGUUCAAACCUCUGUCAGCUGCUGAACCUGAAGGGUCGCCUAGAGCUGGCGGCCACGCAGCGCGCGCGCCCCGCCGCCGCCGCCGAGGCGGAGGCAGUGCUGGUUUAUAACGACUCAUCGUCGGACGAGGAAGACAUGGCGGUGGAGCGCGCCGACUCGGACGGCGGCUCGUGGGACGACAGCGAUGAGGAUGAUGAAUAAAUUAUAUGUUUUAUAGAUA